CCUGUACGCAUCUCUUUAAAUAUCUCAUUGAAUUUUAUGUGAGAGGCAAUCCUUUGUGUAUUCUUUAUCCAAUCCUUUCAGUUACUCAUAUUUCCCCUAUAAAAACAGACAAGAGCAAGCUCAUAUGACAUUGCAAAUCCUGAAAAACUUCAUAGUUCUUCAAAGCAAAACAGGCCAACAUGGCAUUUGAUUUAAUCUCAAAAUUGGGCAACCUCAUCAGGUUCCUUCCGACAGGAACUGUCUUUGUUUUCCAAUUCCUAAACCCUGUUUUCACUGACUAUGGCAACUGCAAAUCACUUAACAAGUAUUUGUCCAGCAUUCUCAUUGCCCUCUGCGGCUUCUCUUGCUGUUUCGGUUGCUUCACUGACAGUUACAAAGGCAGUGAUGGCAAAACUCACUAUGGGAUAGCAACUUUUAAGGGUCUUUGGCCGUCUGUCGAGUCAGAUUCAGUGAACUUGUCGAGAUAUAAGAUUCGUUUUAGCGACUUCAUCCAUGCUUUUUUUUCAUUAAUUGUGUUUGCUGUCUUAGUCCUGGUUGAACCUAACACUGUGCAGUGUUUUUAUCCAUCUUUAGCAACAAGUUCCAAGGCUUUACUCUACCUGAUUUUGCUGCCUCCGAUUACGUUUAUAGUUUCCUUGGCCUUCAUGUUUUUCCCCAACAAGCGCCAUGGCAUUGGGUAUCCUUCGAGUCAACAAUCUUCAAAUAAGACCAAUCUGCUUCUUCCAUAAACAAGUUUCUUGAUCCUUGACCUUUUAUUACGGUUCCAUUCUAGUCUCUAAUCUCUGAAUCAUUCCAUUUGCGUCCUUAACUUUUGAAAUUCCAUUUUGAUCUUUCAUCAGAUCGUUCCAUUAAAAUGAACGUAUUGUUCAUGUAGUGGAUUACAUGAAAAGACUAAAAUGAAAUUACUUUAAAAGAUAAAAGAUCCAAAUGGAACAAUUUCAGAGGUUAGAGACUAAAGUGAAAUUAGAAUAAAUAAUUCAAGAUCACGGAUGACAUUUAUCCGAUUAGAUUAAAAAAAAAGUUUGUAAUGUUAAUCAAGUUUUGUACUCCAGAGUUUGUGCAUUUAAUUUAAGAAGAAAUUAAUGGAAGGAUGGAUGUGCCUGCCAGUAUCAUCCUCUUGAAUUAGUAUGUAUGUUUUACUACAAUGGUGGAGUCUGAGUUAAUGGUGUCUUUCUUUUUAUGGUUAAUAAUUUAUUUCAAUUG